AUGAGGGGAGACCUCACCAGGCGUAGUUUACAGCGCCCUGCUACAGGAGAUUCAAACCUCAAGAAGCCCGGGAACGUCCUCACUUGCGACACGUCCUCUGAUAAUCUGGAGUCUGGCCCGGAGCCCACUGGUGAGGACCAAUGGGAUCUCGGUGCUUUCUUGAAGGACGGUCCUUUCGAAACGCAGACGGAAGUGAGAGAAUCGGCCAAAGAGGUCGGCGUUCUGUACAAGAAUCUAGCCGUCAAGGGAGUGGGGGCUCAAGCGACAUUUCUCAAAACCUUGCCAGAGGCCAUUAUCGGCCCGUUUGGCCCCGAUCUUUAUCGUUCCGUCUCCAGAUUGGUAUCGGCUUGGAGAUUUGGAAAGCAACCCCCAACACGCGAUCUCCUUUCCGAUUUCUCGGGUGCUGUGCGGGACGGCGAAAUGAUGCUCGUCUUGGGUCGACCCGGAUCCGGAUGUUCCACAUUCCUCAAAGUAAUCGCGAAUCAACGGGAGAGUUUUGCUAGGGUAGAAGGCCAAGUCAGCUAUGGAGGUAUCUCGGCCGAUGAACAAAGAAAGUGCUACAGAGAUGAAGUCAUCUACAAUCCUGAAAAUGAUCAGCAUUUACCCACGUUGACCGUGUGGCAGACCUUGCGCUUUGCAUUGAUGAACAAGACACGGAAGCAUAAAGCAGAAUCCAUCCCUAUCAUCAUCGACACUCUGUUGAAGAUGUUUGGAAUCUCUCAUACGAAGGGCACCUUGGGAGGAAACGAGUAUGUCCGAGGGGUCUCCGGAGGCGAACGAAAACGAGUCGGUAUUGCUGAGGCCUCGGCCAUCAAGUCGUCAGUGGUGUGUUGGGACAAUGCGACUCGUGGACUCGAUGCCUCGACGGCUCUGGAUUAUGCCGGGGAGGGUAUUUAUGAACUCAUGGACAAGGUCUUGGUGAUCGAGGAGGGCCGGAUGAUCAAUCAAGGUCCCGCGAAGCUUGCGCGCCAAUAUUUCAUUGACCUCGGGUUUCAUGGCCCGGACCGUCAAACCACAGCCGACUUUUUGACAUCGGUGGGAGAUCCCAAUGAGUGCCAGUUCCAGCCGGGCAAAGACGCAUCGACCCUCAAGACAGCCGAAGAACUUGAGGCCGCAUUCCGCCAGUCUGACCUUUACAAGCCAGUGCUUGCGGAGGCCGAACACUAUACAGUGUCUUUCUGGCGUCAGGUCCUGGCUUGCACUCUCCGCGAAUUUUGGCUGUCCGGGGUGACAAAACCACACUGUACACCAAGGUCUUCAUCAUGGCCAGAGUGCUCCUGGAUCGCUCCGUCCUUGCAGUUCAGACCGCGGUGUUCACGAUCAUCGUCUACUUUAUGGCCAAUCCGGACCUCGAUGGUUCCACGCUGGGCAGCAACACCGUCAGCGGCCGUGCGUACUACGAAACCUCAUUCGGCUGCUCGAGAUCCCAUCUCUGGCGAAAUUUCGGGGUGGUCACCGCUUUUACCGUCUUGUUCAUUCUUAUCACGGCGUUGGCCUCCGAACUCUUCUCCUUUGCCGGAGGUGGUGGGGGGAGCACUGGUGUUCAAGAAGACUCGGAAGGCCAGGAAGAUGGUCGAGGAAGAAACCCAGCCCGCAGAUGAAGAGAAGGCAGCCAAACUCGCGGGGCCUACCUGGAGCGGAUCGACCGAGACACUCCUGAAUGAGACAAGCGAAACCGCGGACACCAUUACGAGGAGCCCGAGCGUCUUCACCUGGGAGGAUGUCCAAUACGAGGUCCCAUGUCAGAGCGGAACCAAGAAGUUGCUCAACGGCAUCAACGGGUAUGUCCAACCACAAACGGUGGGGAAGCUGUCUGGCAGUAUGCUCGUGGACGGCCAGCCUCCGGGAGUUGAAUUUCAGAGAGGCACGGGCUUUUGCAAACAGAUGAAUCUACAUGACAAGACAGCCACCAUCCGUGAGGCUCUCGAAUUCUCGGCUGUGUUGAGACAGGGUCGCCAUAUCAGCAAACGAGAAAAACUGGAUUGUGUUGACCGGAUCAUCGAUUUGCUGGAACUCUACGACAUCCAAGAUGCUGUUAUUAGUUCGCUCGGUGUCGAACAAAGUCGAAUUGGCCGUCAAACCGGAACUACUCCUCUUCCUGGAUAA